AUGGAGUUUGGAGUGAAGCAGAUUGCUCUCCUGUUCUUAUUCUGCCCUUACCAUGAUCGCGCAAAAGUGUUGUGCUUUGUCCCGUCAUUUACGGAGAAACCAAAUCUACUGGACAUGGGAUCUCUGAUGAUCAAACCAAUACAACGAGUGAUGAAAUAUCCAUUGUUACUCUGUGAACUCUUGAAUGCAACACCCAUGUCUCACCCAGAUCACCGAGCAUUGCAGGAUGCUUUGGUUGCUGUGAAAGCCAUGAAUAUGAACAUCAAUGAACUUAAAAGAAGAAAGGAUAUAGACGAGACACCAGUAAAAAAUCAUAAUAACAGCACCAGAAGAGUUCUAAAAAAAUGGCUGAGGAGGACUGUUGACUUGGCUGCUCAUAAAAAGGUGAAAGAUGAAACUUUUAAUAAGGAAGAAAAGUUGUUCAGAAGUUUAGAAAAGACAGUCAAAUUCUGUGUGAAGAAUAUUUCAUUGUCUCUGCAGCACCUGGAGGACUCUACAGUUUUGGCUGAAGCAACUGUAACUGAACUUCAAGAUCUUCUAUAUGAGAGGGAAAAUGGGGAAAUUGGUUCUUCAGAGGCACUCAUUAAUGCUGAAAACCCCAAUGAAGGAUUUGCAAAUCAAGUAAACAAGAUGGUGUUGAGCCCACUGUCUGCAUUGCAAGCCUUGUUCCUGGGGCCUCAGAAGCUAAUCCAGAAGCGUUAUGACAAACUGCUGGACUAUAAUAGCUGCCACCCAAAGGCACCAGGGGAUGAGAGGGAUCUUGCCAGAAGAGAAUAUGAGGCUCUUAAUGCACAGCUUGUGGAGGAGCUGCAGAUAUUCAACAGGGCAGCAAAAAGAAUUGUGACAAAUUGCCUCUGUUGCCUCAUCACUCUUUUGAGGGACAGGAUGUCAUCCUCUCUGCAAUCUUUUUCUGGGAGAGAAUCUUAUGUGACACUGUCUUCUCCUAGUAUCAGUGAAGUUCACCAUCAAGUGCUUGAAGAGGUAUACAAUCUUAAUUUUGUCAAAGAAAACAACAGCAUAACUUUCAUUGAGAGAAAGCUAAGCUUUGAAAAAAAGAAGUGCACACCUCUCCAGGCUGAAUUUCCACGUCAGACUGAAAGCCACCGGUCAGUGAUACUCUCUAGCUACAACUCAGACUUGCUGUACCAAGCUAAACGCAAAUGCAAUGCCACACAGGAAUUGGAUAUUGAUGUUUAUGAAGGAGAGAUAGUAGCUGUGGUAGAGCAAAAGGAUCCUUUUGGAAGUACCAGCAGAUGGCUUGUUGAUACAGGAAAUUUGAAAGGAUAUGUUUAUUCCUCCUUCCUGAAACCCUACAAUCCAGCAAAAUCACAUAAGGAUGCAAGAGAAACUAGCUUUUGUGAUGGCGAUUUUGAUAAUAUUAGCCUUUUUGUCUCUUCACGACAACUGGAUGACAACAGCACCAAACCUCCUGGACACAAGAGAAGUGGAAGCAGCUCUUCUCACAGUAGCCUCUGUGAAAACACAUCAGUUAAUGGGACAGAAAUUGAUACCUUUUAUGAAGAUGACCAACAAACUUUCUAUGCAGUUCAUGCAUUUCAAGCAAGAAGUCAGCAAGAACUGAGUCUUCGGGAGUACCAGCGGGUUCGAAUACUUCGUUUUUCUGAUCUGAGUGGCAAUAAAGAGUGGUGGUUAGCUGAAGCAAAAGGACAAAAAGGAUACGUGCCAGCUAAUUACCUGGGGAAGAUGACAUAUGCAUAAGUAUCAGAAACAUAUAAAGGACUUCAUUUACCAAAACAUCAGUGCCAGAAGAGUUUCAUUUUGUUAGCAGCAACUGUUAAUGCUCUUGCAUUUUCUUUAUUCCUAAACUUUGAUUUAUUGGGCUGGAUGGGGUCUCCCCUACCACAUGGACUAGAUCUCUAUCACAUUCAGGUCAAAGUGAGCAUAGUUCUAGGGCUGGGGUGAGCAACUUCCAGCCGUUGAAGGGGAUGCAUCUGCUCUCAGGGCUGGAUUCUCAUUCUUCCCUUUACAAAAAGUGGCGAGUACUUUUCUCCAUAGUUUCCAGUGGAGUUACAGACCUGAGAGUGGAUAUUUUUGUAUGGGUAAAUAGAUCCCAAAGGCCUAAAAAAAGGCCCAGACAGGUUCCAAAAUGGCCAAUUAUACCACCCAAAGAUUUAUUGGAUACUGUUUACCAGUUUUUGGGUGGAAAAAAAUUAAGGGGUAAAAACCCUGAGGGUGUGUGGGGCUUUUGGGAUGGUGUGCAGAAAAAGCCUUGGGGAAUAAUCCCACCCAUGAACCACAUUUUCUGCACCCCUUUUCUAGGAUGCUAAAGGCACUAAGUUUUUACAUUCACAUUCAUUCACAUUUGGAGACUUGUGUACAUAUAAGUCACUAACUGGUUUCUGGUAAGUAGGUGGCUGCUGUGCUUCUUGGAGGCAGUAAAGAGAGACACCAAAACAAGGCUGCAGAGAUGUGGAGAUGUGUGAAAUGGUGGGAAUAUGGAAUAUAUGCCUCCUGCCUUUUCUCAAAUCCUUAUGUCUCUCUUCCCCUUCUCUAGGAAGUAUGCCUGCCGCCUAUUUCCGCCUCAUGUGCUAGCAACCUGUUAACAUAUGCACAAAUCUCCUUCUGGACAGGGCACAGAGGCCUAUUCUCUUGCCCUUGUUCUCUGUCCAAAAACCUCCUUCACACAAAAGUCUCAAGCAUCAGGAGGGUAGAUGACACCAAGGCCUGGCCACCAGGUAUGCACUCUUCAUGACCAGGGAGCACUCCAGCUGCAGGCUUCUGCCUGUUUGUUGAAAAAGAAAGGAAAUGGCUGGCAGGCUUCCUGGAAGUGGCCUGCUGCCACCUCCACUGUUCUUUUGGGACUACUACACAGCCUGGCUGGACUAAAGCUCAGGCAGUCUACAGUCAUUCUUUUUCAACUAAAGUAUAGUAUUUUCUUAUUUUUAGUCUCACAGAACUGGCAAAGAGCAGGAGUAUCAAAGUUACAUCUGUGGGACUCCAAAUAGGGACUUAAUAGGGACAUAUUUUGGUAUCUGCACAGAGUCCUGGAACCAACCCCACCACAGAUACCUAGGGCUAACUGUACAAGUCAGAAUUGUUGAACUUCAUGGGACUUAUUCCCAAGUGAACAUAGGAUUAUUUUGUAAAUAGCCUAUAGCUUAUUUUUUGCAUUACGGCAGGACAGAGGACAUGCACUGUUGGCGCUGCAAUGACUGGGGUGAUCUUAAUACACUCCAGGAGCAGAAUGCCACAGCACAUUUCAUGAAUGAUUGCUGAAAUCCUCUUGGAAACUUACAUCUUUGUAAGUGGACUUACAUCUCUGGGAAUUAGUUUUGGAUAGUUCCAAAACAGCUGUAUCCAGAAAAAACACCUACUGUUAUGUUACUACAUAGGGAAGCCAGGAAAAUGAUCAAUGUAUAUUGGUCCCACUGUGCAUUGGGGCACCAGUUAGGAAGUGCUGACUCUUGCUAUGUCCUCUUACACAUCUUUGCAAUUCACUAACAGGGUUGCUUUGCACUUCUGCUACAUAGGUAAGUAUGCAUAGUUACAUAACAUACACCCUGAUAAAUUCCAGACUAUAUUUUAGAAUUUUGGAAUUAUGGAAGAUAACAUCCAUUGACUGUAAAUGAGGAAAGGAAUGGACAACUAAGUGGUUCUCUUUGACACUUGCAAAGUUUUGUGUUUUGUAUAAUUUGUAUUAGAAACAAAAACCAUUCCCUGAUUUUAUCCCCAAUAUAUUAAGGACUAGCAAAGUGGAAACAGAGCACUGAGAAUAGUUUGCAGAUAUUCUCCAAGAUAUGCCUUGCAAGAUACAGAACUCUUAAUCACCAGACAAAGAUCAGGGCAAUAAUGUAUUCGUAUUACUUCAGGUGGAAGAGUUAUUCAGUAGUCAUUCAAAAUGCCCUAAAACCACAUUUGACUGCAUUCUAUAAUGAUGAGGCAUACACAGACUACGAGAAUAACCAGAGAUGUAUUCAUUAGUCCGUCCAUUUAUCUCAUGCUCACAUGCACACUCCAACCGUUCUCUUGCAGAUACAUUGAAUUUUCUGUGACAAUAUAAUGCUCACACCAGUGACCAGUGACACUGUCACAAGACAGUAUCUUGUGAUAGUAAAGGUCACAGCAAGGUUGUAAAUAGUACUUCCUGUCUUUCAGAUUAAGAAACAGGCAUAAAAUGAAAUGCAAUUUUAAGGCUUUUCUUAGCCCUGUUGCAGUUCAUGCAGGUUAAUGGGGUUCAUGUGUUGAGAUGAUUACUCCUAUGUGUUGCACUAUUUUUUAUUUACAUAAAGUUUGUAAUGAAGAAAAAAAAUCCUUUCAUGGAAAGACUUCUCACCCCAUCCUCUUUUGCCAUGCUUUGUAUUCAAACUGCUAAAACAGAUCUCUCCUAUUGUAGCUGAAUUAUGUGGAAAACACAUACGUUUUGUCACAAUAGAAUAUAGAGGCAUAGAAAACCAAAUGGGACAAAUAGUUGAUUAUUGGUUUACUUGUAUUUACUAUUGUGUUUUGUUGAAAGAGAGAAUUUCUGCCUUGGAAGCAUUUUUAUCUGAAAAGGCAUAUCAAGGACACCAAUGACUUUCAGGAUAUGGCUUGAGGUGUCUGAAUCCUAUGGGCAGUAUUCUACAUCAGCUACUUAGUGAAGAAUACAUUACUAAGUAAAAACUCUUAUUCACUGGUGCUUGGAUCUCUGGCAGCAUAGACUUCCUCAUGCAGCAGAUGCCCAGUAAAGUAGGUUACUAAGGGGAGUUAGGAUUGUGGGAAUAGUAUUACAACUGUACAUAGUGAUCAUGAAUAUGAGGCACUUGUUGCCUUCAUCGUUUCUGACUUAUGGCAACCAUAAAGUGAACCUAUCACAGGGUUUUCUUGGCAGGAUUUUUUCAGAGGUGGAUUUAUCUUUGCCUU